AUGGAUGUUUUUUCGUUGGUUGUUUUGGGAGUAGCAUGGCUUUUUGCUCUUGUUUACCUCCCAAAGAUUUUCAAAUCCUGGCGUAACCCAUUGAAACUUCCACCAGGUCCUAAACCAUGGCCAAUAAUUGGCAAUUUCAACCUUCUUGGUCCUCUCCCUCACCAAUCUCUUCACCAACUGUCUCUCAAGUAUGGAAAAACAAUGCAGCUCCGAUUUGGGUCCUACCCAGUUGUGGUCACCUCAUCACUAGACAUGGCAAAACAAAUUUUGAAGACGUAUGAUCACAUGUUUGCUAGCAGACCUCAAACUGCUGCUGGCAAGUACACAACUUAUGAGUAUUCCGAUCUUGCUUGGGCACCCUAUGGACCUUACUGGCGCCAAGGUCGUAGAAUUUACCUCACUGAAUUGUUCAGUGCAAAAAGACUGGAGACGUAUGAGUAUAUGCGUGUAGAGGAGAUGCGUGAGUUAACGAGACGACUAUAUCGUGACUGUGGUAAGCCUAUUGAGCUUAAAGACUAUCUCUCUCAUUACACACUUAGCAUUAUUAGCAGGAUUGGGCUGGGCAAAAAGUACUUUAGCACAUCGGAAUCCGAGAGAGAAAUAGUUACACUUGAGGAAUUUCAAGAGAUGCUAGAUGAGUUGUUCUUGCUUAAUGGGGUGAUGAACAUUGGAGACUGGAUCCCGUGGCUAGAUUUCUUGGACUUGCAGGGGUAUGUGAAGAGAAUGAAGGAGCUCAAAGUAAGGUUUGAUAGGUUUCAUGAUUAUGUCAUUGAUGAACACAACGCAAGGCGAAAAGCUACCAAAAAUUGGCAGCCGAAAGACAUGGUUGAUCUGCUCUUGCAGCUUGCUGAUGACCCUGGGCUUGAAGUUAAGCUAACUAAAGACAAUAUCAAGGGGUUGACACAGGACCUGAUUGCUGGAGGAACAGAUACCGCUGCCACGAUGGGGGAUUGGUCAAUGUCUGAACUCUUGAAAAAGCCCGAGUUAUUCAAAAGAGUAACGGCGGAGCUGGAUAGAGUUGUUGGAAGAGAUAGAUGGGUGGAAGAGAAGGACAUCCCACAGCUUCCAUACAUAGAAGCAAUAAUGAAGGAGGCAAUGAGGAUGCAUCCAUCUGCUGUUAUGCUUGCACCCCAUUUGGCCCUUCAAGAUUGCAAAGUUGGUGGCUAUGAUAUUCCUAAAGGAACUAGAGUCUUCAUUAACACAUGGAGUAUGGGCAGAGACCCUGAUCUGUGGGAAGAUCCUGAAGAUUUUAGGCCAGAAAGGUUCCUUUCUAAAGCAAUUGAUGUUAAAGGACAUAAUUUUGAGUUGUUGCCAUUUGGUUCCGGGAGAAGAAUGUGCCCAGGCUAUCCCCUUGGGACAAAGAUGAUUCUUGUUAGCUUGGCCAACAUGUUGCAUGGAUUCACUUGGGAAUUGCCUUCAGGAAUUAAACCGGAAGAUGUGAAAAGAGAUGAGGUUUUUGGAUUGGCAACUCAAAGAAAGUACCCAACUUUUGCAGUGGCAAAGCCUCGACUUCCGCUUCAUCUUUAUAAUUAG